UGGCGCAGCGCAUGGGUGGCAGGAAUUUGCAACAACGUGGGCACAAACCGAAGAAGUUCCACCAUACAAGUGACAACGCUCGUCAUAAACUUGAAGUGAAACGUUGGAAACUUGAGGAGGAAGAGGGGAAACGUUUGAUAUCCCAAUAUGAAAGUAUCAAUCCAGAUGCCAUCACUCGUUUUGAUGACUUGCCAUUGUCGGUAAAAACAAAGGCAGGAUUAAAGACAGCAAACUACACAACACCCACAGAGAUACAACGUGCCACCAUAGCUUUGGCUCUUCAAGGACAUGAUAUUCUUGGAGCAGCAAAAACGGGAUCAGGCAAAACACUGGCUUUCUUGAUUCCAGUCUUAGAAUGCUUGUACAGAAACCGCUGGAGUAAAGUGGAUGGCUUGGGUGCCCUUAUCAUCUCUCCAACUCGUGAGCUUGCUUAUCAGACAUUUGAGGUACUCAGCAAGGUUGGCAAGAAGCAUGAUUUCUCUGCUGCACUCAUCAUUGGAGGCAAGGAUGUGAAGAGUGAGAUGGAAAGAAUUACCCGUACUAAUGUAGUAGUGUGUACCCCUGGUAGAUUUCUGCAGCACCUCGAUCAGACUGUGAGCCUGGAGUGUUCCAAUCUACAGUUACUGGUUCUGGAUGAGGCUGAUCGCAUCUUAGAUCUUGGUUUUGAGAAGACCAUGAAUGCCAUCUUGGACAAUCUGCCAACAGAGAGACAAACCAUGCUGUUUUCUGCCACUCAGACCAAAUCUGUUCGUGACUUGGCCAGGUGUAGCCUGAAGGACCCAAAGUACAUCGCUGUUCAUCAACAUCAUGAGUACAGCACACCCACACAGCUAGAACAGAGCUACAUAGUUUGUGAACUGGAGCAGAAAAUGGACCUUCUGUAUUCAUUCAUUCGUAACCACACCAAGCACAAGAUCCUUGUCUUCAUGGCUAGCUGUAAACAGGUGAAAUACACAUUUGAAGUAUUCUGUGCUCUUCAUCCUGGCGUCACUGUAAUGGCUCUGUAUGGAACAUUACAUCAGCUGAGGAGGGUAGCUAUUUACAAUGAGUUCUGUAAUCUACAACAUGCUGUACUCUUUGCUACAGAUAUAGCUGCAAGAGGAUUAGAUUUCCCAUCGGUGAAUUGGGUUGUGCAAGUAGACUGCCCUGAGGAUGCCAGUACAUACAUCCAUCGAGUCGGUCGGACAGCAAGAUACGAACAAGGAGGAGAGUCUCUAUUGAUCCUUCUACCUUCAGAGGAAGAAGAGAUGAGCAAACAGCUCGCAGAAAGAAAAAUACCCAUUCAGAAAAUCAAUGUGAAUCCAAAUCGUAAGCUGAGCAUACAGGGAAAGCUACAGUCUCAGUGUGCAGAAAGCAAUGACCUCAAACAAUCUGCCCAACGUUGCUUCAUUAACUACAUCAAGUCAGUCUACCUCAUGAAAAACAAGAAAGUGUUUGAUGUCUCCAAACUUCCACUGGAAAAGUAUUCAUUUUCCUUGGGUCUUGCCAUCCCACCAAGAGUUCGGUUCCUCCAGCGAGCUGCCAAGAGGAAAGAAGAACAAGGCAUGCAGAAACAGAAAAAGAAGGAUCUACGAGAGCUAGAAGAUGGGCAAAUCCCUUUGGAAUCGUCUGCAAAAACAGUUCUGAAGCAGCAAAGGAGAGGUUUAGAUCUGGCAAUGGAAGAGGAGCUGGAGGACGCUGGAGAUGACGCUCUUGACAGCAUUGUUGCAAAACUCAAGUCAACGGUACCUCAGAGAAUGAAGGGCGGAGCUAAUCUUACUGUGAUGUCAAGAAAAGAGGAGGAAGAAGGAGAUAUGGACGCAAUCGUGGCAAAGCUCAAGUCAACUGCUUCUCAAAGGAUGAAGGGUGGGGCUAAAAGAGAUGAGACAGAGAAGCAAAGACUGCUAGAUGAGGAGGAGGAUCAGGAGUCAACAACCAUCUCAAAAUCAAGGACUUCUAAACAAUCUCAAAGUGAAGAAGAAGAAUCCAGCUCUGAUGAGGAUUCUGAGGAUGUUUCUCAGGAGAAUGAGAACCUUGCAGGUUUCCAAGAAGAGGUGGAUCAAGAUGAGGAAGAGAAUUUCCUUGUAGUCAAGAAGAAAGAUGUGUUUGGCAUUAAACUGGAGAAACCGAAACAAAGAGAUCCUGCAGACGAAACUAUAGAGGGCGCUAAGAAACAAGCCAAACCCAAAAAGCUGAGUAAAGUAGCCGAGGCCAAGAAAUUACAUCGGAUGAAAAUAGCUGUCAACACCAAGAAAGUGUUUGAUGAGGAAGGAGAGAUAACCAAGCAGUGGCCGCCACUCCCUAACACCAGCGACUCAACAGAGGGUGGUAUUGACAUUGAGAAAGCCAAGGAAUGGAUGCGUGAGGAGGACCAGCUUGAUAAGCAAGUGUACCGAGAACGCAUCAGGGCUAAGCAUAAGGCGGAAAGACUGAAAGCCAAAGAAGAAAAAAGAAAAUUUUCCAGACCCAGAAAACAAGCAGACUCGGAUGAUAAUGAGGACGCAGGUGCCACUCUUGACCUUGGCAAUGACUUUGAGGCCUUUGACCCCGACACAUUACCUGACCCUGAUAAAUAUGCAAAUGAGGAGACCGACACAGACGAGGACGAAGAAGAAGAUGUUAAGAAACCAGUGAGGAAACUUAAGAAGAAGAAGACAAAGAAGGAAGAAACCACACCAGAGACCGCAUCAGCGAAGAGGAAAGCAAAGCCUGAAAAAGAGGGGAAAAACAGCAGCAAAAAGAAAAGGAAGACGCAGAAAGGGAAGGAAGAUGCUGGCAUGAAUGACAAGGAGGAGUUUGAUACUGGAUUGACGUUGCAGGAUGAUGAAGCCCUGGCCAUGCAUAUAUUAGCAAGUAGUCAAUUCUAGGAAUAGAGUAACACUUUGGCUGUAUUCAAAAUGUACUGGCUGCAGCUGUAGAUUGACAAUUCACUUAGGACAGUCCAACAUCAGAAACCAUAAUCAGAGAUGAGAAAUUUAGUUUUGGGAAAUUAGGUUUGGGAAAAAGUCAGUUAUUUUCUUCAGAUAUAAAGAUAUCAACAUGUCUAGCACCGUGGAUACUGUUCCCAGAAGGUCCUUGAAGUCAACAGCUCCAGGGAUUUACCAAAAGAUGGAAAUGCCAUCAUUUCAAUACCUCCUAAAAUUUAAAUCCUAUUUUCAGACCGUUUUGUCAACAAUGGGUCUCAACCCUACAUGAGGGACAGUUCAGCAUUCAUCAAGUCAAGCACCAUGUGGAAGCUCGAACCUAGCAUUGGAUAUCUGCAUUUGGUCAAUCUUUGAUCUGAUAUUUGUGCACAACUAGAUCAUAUUAUUGUCUUAUUUUACAGGCUAGGUUUAUCAUUUCUUACAAAGUAAAUGCAAUUUGACCUGGAGUUCUUCAAGCUCACUUGGUUUCUCAAUCAGUUUGAAGGAAUAAGUUCCUUAAAAAAAUACAAAUCGCUAAAAUUUUUACUCUACAAGGCAAGAUCAUACAUUCAGUUUAGAUCGCUACAGGCAUGAUGCUCUUCUUACUCAAGUCUGCUUUCCAACAUUUAGGCCCUCAGACUAAUCAGCAACAUUGUUAUUAAAUAGCCUCAACAUUCUAAGAAAGCCAGUAUCAUGUGUACAAGUAGGUCAGCCCUAGUACUCAAAGCCUGAUUGAAGAAAUUAGCAGAGUGGAAAAGGCUCUUCAAAGACCUGAAGAAUUUUAUUCUCUGAACUAAUCCAAGGCGAAAUCCUUGAAACUAGUUACAGAAUUAUGUUUACAGCAACAGUUUUAGUUUCCUUUUAAAUUGCCUGUCCUUGAAUGUACUGGUUAUAAAUUGCAGUGGUAUCAUUGCAUUUGCAAAUAAUAUGAAGCCAUAAAAUAACUCCAUGUGACCCUGCAAAGACAUUCCUUUAGCUUUGUUAAAGGUUUAUCCAUAAACCACUCCGACGCAAUUGAAACCUACCUACUACAUGGCAGGAUAUAGGAAGAGGAUUUUUAUCUUGACAAAAAACAUGUGGGCCCAAUUCUAUUGAGCUGCUUAAGCACAAAAAAAAAAAUACCCACACAAAAAUCGUGCUCACCAAAAUAAGGUUACUUGCCAAAAUUCAUUGUCACAUGUGUUUCAUCUGUGACUGGUUUCCUGGUUUUUCUAGCUAAGCAGAAAAUGUUGAGUAAUAAUAUUUUGUGCUUGUAAAAUGCAACUGAGCUCUAUCAAAUUAGGCUGGUUGCUGAUAUUUAUGUAAACUCCCUUUGAACAAGUUACUGCAAUUAAACCCCCAAAACUUUGAACAAGUUUA